CCGCCCCUUGUUCCGUGAAAUAGCCCAAACGCCGUCUUCAGCAAUCCGGUUUCUAGCCAAAGGCCACUGGAACGGCCCGUGAUUGAAAUACGACGACUCAGGGACGAAGUGGGGUAGCGAGAAAGCAGCUUACGUCCAAGUGGGAUCAUUAGACUGACCAACGCCUGGGCGGCUGCCGCCAAAUCAGGCGCCUAAGAGGACGCAGCAGCAGCAGCAGCAGCAGCAGGAGGGCGCGGGGGAGGGAAGAGCCGGGGUGGCUCGGCCCGAGAAAGUGCCCGACGUCUCCAUGGCGACCGUGGACGGAACAGCAUGGCGACGGAAGAGAAGGAAGGAGGGGCCGCCGCCUCUGCUGCUGCCGCCGCUGCGGAGUCUGUAAUAGCAGAAAUCCAGAAGAAAAUCACAGAUGCUUUUGAGGUGUUUGAUCAUGAGUGUAAUAAAACUGUGGAUGUCAGAGAGAUUGGCACAAUCAUUAGGUCAUUAGGCUGCUGCCCAAGUGAAGGUGAUUUGCAUGAUAUGCUUGCAGAGGUAGAAGAAGAAGAACCAACUGGGUUUAUACGUUUGGAAAAAUUUCUUCCUAUGAUGACUAGAGUACUAAUGGAAAGAAGAUACCGGCCCAUUCCAGAAGAUGUUCUUUUACGUGCAUUUGAGGUUUUAGAUCAGAAUAAAUGUGGACAUCUUACUAAAGAUGAGUUGAUCAAGUAUAUGACUGAAGAAGGUGAGCCUUUCACACAGGAAGAAAUGGAGGAAAUGCUCUCUGCUGCUGUAGAUCCAGAAACAAAUACUGUUCGAUACAAAGAUUACAUUUCAAUGAUGGUUGUGGAUGAGAACUAAGUACUUCAUGUAGCUCAUUGGUUUGAACUUUCUCCUGGAUACCUGUGAGUUAACUUCACUAGAGUUCUUCUGAAUCUGCCACAGGAUUUUAGCGAAGACCUCACAGUGAAAUCAUUUAUGUGUGAAAAUGUUGUUCUUUUUACUUAGAAAAAUGCAAGAUUUCCAAAACUUAGUUUUAAAAUGCCAGUCUGUUUGGAUAAGAGAACAGAAGUAGAGCUAACAUUUUGCAAGGAAAACACCUGUGUGUGACUACUCACAUGUAAGUUACAUUGGCUAGUGACCUGUUCCUAGUCUCAACUAGAAUGGACCCAUUGAUGAGAUUUAUGUACGUGUUGACUUACCAUUCAAUCGGUGUACUCUUUCGCUGAAACUAGCAUUAGGGCAUUCAAAUCAGCAAGGCUCAUUCCCAGGUGAUUGACUAUCAUACUGCACUUACUAAAUACAUGUACAGGAAGCCACAUUGAAAACAGUGUGAGUCAUUUCCAAGUAAGCAUGUAUAGGAUUAUAUUGCACAUACAGUAAAACAAUGACAUUUGUGAGGGGAAAAAAGCAUACAAAUGAUUUGUUGAACUUGUUCCAAUGGAGACAAAACUAGAAGAAGCAAGAGUUUAAAAAAUUCAUGGGGAUAAGCAGAAGAAUAAUGUCAUGGUGAACAUUUUGAAGGAGAUACAGACUGAGACCCCAUUUUCUAAGUUACACCAAAUAAAGCUGAUGGCAUCAGAUGUAGCAAUUUUAAGGAAAUAAAACAUUUCUAACUUCCCUUCAAAAGUCCCAAAGCUCCUAUGUAAUCCCUUUCCCAACUGGGAAGCCAUGGGGACUGCAGCCUUUAAUUACUGCAGCUUGCCACAGCUGGGGUGAUUUAUUUGUGGAUGUGAUUUUCAGUACUUAAAGACUUUCCCUUGUCCCAUGGCCCCUAAUGGCUUCCAGAUGCCAAAGAGACUCCAUGGGAGCUUACUAAUGGGAGAUGCAGUCCACUGGGAGUUGCAGUUCAACAAUACUUGGAGAGCCACAAGCCACAGAGCCUGAUGUACACUAAAAGUGACUUUGGCAGUGAAGCUUCUUUAAGAAAGUUACACAGCUUAAGGUUUGCUAAGAAAGUUAUGCAAAGUUCUGCAGAAAUCGGUGGGGGAGCUGUUGCUGAACUCAAAGAAUGUAAGCAAGGGCUCUUGACUUCGGAGCACUGUUUUCUCAUUGUCCCAAGAAAAGCACUUUGAGACAUGUUGCAACACUUCUUUGUUCACACUAUAUGUUUUAAUUUAUUCAUCCUAGGGGACUUGAUAUACACUCAAGAAGAUUCUCCUAGUUAAAUUAUAUCAGUGCUAGAGUUUUCUUCAGAGGUUAACAACAUUAUACAGUCUUGUUGACACUCUUUAAUACUUAUUUAGGAGUAGAUCGGAGAGGCUGCAGUUAAGAGCAAACUCCAUUGUGUUUAAGGCUUUUUACAAACAUACUUGGAGACACAUACCUCCCCCAGAGUCAGCAAAUAAAGGAAAAGCAGUAGAUAAGGUAAGUAUAAUCAGAAGGCUUCCAUGUAAUAUGGACCUGUAGGGAAUUUAAGUGAAAAGCAAACAACAUGUGGGACACUUUAUUUUUACUGGGCCAACUCAUGUUCAGAUU